CAGAGGAGCUGCAGAGAGUUGGAGAGGGUUACCAUGGAGAAACUUAAAGCUCUUGGAAGGAGACGGACGGCAAUUUUUUUCCUCGCUGACGGAGAUUACGAGUUUUAUAACUCAUGACGGUCGAAUAUAGGUUGAAUAUAGAACGUGUGGAAACGUGAAUUCAGGAGAUGUAUGCCAGUUUACGGUGUUGGCAGUGUUAGUAUUGAGAUAUGGCAUAGAGGGCGACUAUAUCUGGUCUCAGGCAUGCUGAGGUUAAUACUAAUAACCAAGGUUGACGGGGGCAGAAAUGCUAUCUGGACCUCUGAUGAUGUCUUCAGUCGUGGAUUAACGAGAAGUAAUAUCUAUUUUAGACGUCGGAGCAUGGAUCUUGUGGUAAACCAGCUCCCUCUUCCACUCUUGGUGACAUUGAUAAAGUGUUAACGUCAUUGUUCAUUAUGAAGCCUUUCAUGUGAUGCUGUUCAAGACCAAAAUAGUGGUUGCCUUGGAGGGCUAAUUAAAACCCAUUUUGAGAAAAGACGGAGUUCUUUCUUUGCCCACUUGUUCUGACAGCAGGGAGCACGGACUUGGAGAGGAGGUUCAAAGCAAGUGUUUAGUGGUUGCGUUGGAUGAGGUCAUUCUGCAGGUGCUGUUUUUCUUAAUGGUGGUUGGCAGGAGUAAAGUUGGACUAGCAAGUUGUUCAGGUGGUCAAUGAGAUGAGUUCAAGGAAGGCAGAAAAGUGCUCAAAUGGUCAACUCGGUCCGUCAACUAUAGACGAGUUCAUAAAGUGUUGAAGAGGGAUUGGAAAGAUUGAUAGACUUGCUAUAUAGGGGGGCUCUAACCAGAGCCGUUGAGAAGAUCUGUGGUCAGGAUGUUCCUCUACUGGAAGAAACGAGGUGCCUAUGAGCUGGAGACUCUCCCUUCUUCCCUGACAGAGCUGGGGGCUGAGCGCUACUCCUGGUGCUCCUCCCUGGACAUCAUCCAUGACCUCUGUGAUGAGAAGCCCGUCCAGGAGGAGGACUGGGUGGUGUGCCAGCACCCUGAGUGCCCGGAGCGCCGGCGGGCGUCCAAGGUGUGCCACCACCCAGACUGCCAGGACCUUAAUAACAAGAACCCCCUUCACCUGUGUGAGUCAUGUGACUCGCGCUGUCACCCAGACGACACAGACAACAUGCACUUUGACCGGCACCCCCGAUUUGACCUGCAACCCCAAGGAUCCAUUCUGGCGAGGAACGUGUCGACGCGCUCGUGCCCCCCACGCACCAGCCCCCCCUCUGACCUGGAGGAAGAGAACGAGGGGGUCAGCGAACAAGGGGAACGCAGAGUCGGAGGGGUAAAGCUGGUGAAGAAGAAGCCCAGAAGAAGACACACAGAUGACCCCAGCAAGGAGUGCUUCAGCCUCAAGUUUGAUCUCAACGUGGACAUCGACACCGAGAUCGUCCCGGCGGUGAAGAAGAAAACCCUGAGGGAGAUUCUAGGCCCUGUGUUUGAGAGGAAGGGCAUCGAGCUGUCCCGAGUGGACUUGUUCCUGGACCAGUCCAACACCCCACUGUCCCUUAACUUUGAGGCCUACCGCUUCGGUGGACACUACCUCAAAGUCAAAGCGCGGCCAGGGGACGAGCUGAAGGUGGAACAGGGGGUGAAGGACCUGCGCUCGCUCAGCCUGCCCAACAUGAAGCCGUCGGGGGGGCAGAGCCCCUACAUCCUCACCCCGGGCAGCGAGAAGGUGGAGCACGGCUCCCUGGGCCGCCGCGAGAGCGUGGACCUGCUGGGUCAGGCGCGUCGCCGGAAGAACAUAACAGAGUUCCUGGGGGACGCCAACAUCCCGUCGCCGGACUCUCUGCCCCCACUGCCUGGCUCCCUGCCCGGCGUGGGCACGGGGCCGGACAGCUGGAAGAACCGGGCGGCCAGCCGCUUCAGUGGGUUCUUCAGCUCGGCGGCCGGAGCGGGCGCCUUCGGCAAGGAAGUGGACCGCAUGGAGCAGCUCCAGAACAAGCUCCACUCCUACACGGUGUUCGGGCUGCCCAAGGUGCCCCUGCAGCUCUCCUUCCACCAGGACUCCUGGGAGGAGGAGGAGGAGGAGACCAACCUGGAGCUGGAGGACAGCUGGCAGCAGCUACUGGACAACCCCGAGACGUUGACCAGGCGUCAGUUCCACCAGCAGGAGGCGAUCUGGGAGCUGCUGAACACAGAGGCCACAUACAUCAAAAAACUGAGGGUCAUCACUGAUCUGUUCCUGUGUGGCCUGCUCAACCUCCAGGAGAGUGGCCUGCUGACGGAGGUGGAGCCCAGCAGGAUGUUCAGUAACAUCCAGGACAUUGUGCGUCUGCACACGGCCCUGUGGAACCAGGUCAUGCUGCCCGCUCUGGAGAAGGCCAGGCUGGCCCGCAGCCUGCUCGACCCCUGUGACCUGCUGCACGGCUUCCGAACGUUUGGCUCCAGGUUCAAGCCCUACAUCCGUUACUGCAUGGAGGAGGAGGGCUGUAUGGAGCACAUGCGCUCGCUUCACAGGGACAACGAGCUCUUCAGGAUCUAUGUGACGUGGGCUGAGACCCAUAAGCAGUGUAACCGCCUGAAGCUGGCAGACAUGCUAGCCAAGCCCCACCAGAGGCUCACCAAGUACCCGCUCCUGCUCAAGAGCGUCCUGAAGAAGACCGACGACACGGCGGCCCGGGACGCUGUCAACAGCAUGGUGGCGUGUGUGGAGGGCUUCAUCAACAGCGUGGACUCCCAGAUGCGCCAGCGGCAGGAGCAGCAAAAACUGGCCGCCACCUCCGGCCGCAUCGACUCCUACGAGGCUGUGGAGGGCAGCAGUGAGGAGGUGGAAAAGAUCCUCAAGGAGUUUAACCGCUUCGACCUGAUGGCUCCCAUGAGGGGCACGUCCCCCGACGAGACUCGCCAGCUCCACCUGGAGGGGGCGCUGCGCAUGAAGGAGGGCAAAGACAGCAGGAUGGACGUGUACUGCUUCCUCUUCACCGACCUGCUCCUGAUCACCAAGCCUGUGAAGAGGGUGGAGAAGGUGAAGGUCAUCCGCCAGCCGCUCCUCAUCCACAACGUGGUCUGCAAGGAGCUGAAAGACCCUGUAGGUUCUUUCAUCCUCAUAUACCUCAACGAGUUCAAGAGCGCCGUGGCGGCCUACACUCUACAGGCCAACAGCGCCGCCCAGGGGCGAAGCUGGGUCGAUGCCAUCUGCAACGCCCAGAACCAGCUCCAGAGGCUGCGGACCGAGGAGGUGCUGCGCCAGCAGGUGAACCUGCAGAGACGUCUCGAGGGCGACGGGGAGGAUGAGGAGGAGGACGAGAGCAGCAAUUCCACCACCAGCUCCCCCUGCCUGCAACAUAAGGAGGAGCCCAACACAAGUCAUUCUGAUGGCUCCACAGAGACUCUCUCAGUCAUGGACAUCGAGGAGUCAGGCGUGGUCCCCCCCGCCCCAAACACAGACCCUGGGGGGCCUGCAGAAAGCCGCCCUGACCCAGACACCUUCACCACUCCCAUUGGACCUGACGCCCAGCAACCCCCCCCUGACCAGAACCAGGAGGCUGGUCUGGAGGGGGAGGACCUGGAACCCCAGUGUCGCUCCAUGUCAAUGGACAGCGCCUACGGUACUCUCUCCCCUGAGUCCCUGCUGGAGCAGCGGUCCUGCCCAGGCCAGAGUGAGGGAGAGGACACCGAGGAGGAGGUGGGAGGGAGGCAGGCGGAGGGCAGAGACACGACAGCAGACGAAAGGGUUGAUAUGGCGGUGGUGGAGGAGGAGGAGGAGGAGGAGAAAGUGUCUGAUGCUGGGGAGGAGGAGGAAGAGGAGGAGGAGGAGGAAGAGCGGGAAGAAGAAGAUUCCACCUCGUUCGGUUCCCAGUUGUCGCUAGCUCAGUCCUUGAGGCUUCGCCGGCGCCCCCCGGUGCAGGCCCGCCUGCGCUUCCUCCAGACGCCCUCCAGCCUGGCGCACAAGUCUCGCUCGGAGGACAACCUGCUGCAGCACCUGGCGCACGCUCUCACUCACACACGCCGGCCCCGGGAGCCCGACCCAUCAGAGAGUCGGCAGGCACAGAAGAGCACAUCCUUGGUGCACAGUAAGAGCCUGUCGGAGCUGAGUCAGGACUGCACGGAGCUGUGUCAGAGUGAGCCUGAGGACUUCCUGACCCAGAGCAUGCCCUCCGGAGCCCUGAGGAAGGUCCAGGCCAAGCCGUUGAAGAGGGCGGAAGCCUGCGAGGCCGGCGUCGGCCAGGCCCACAGCAGCGGCUCGGACGGGGAGACGGGGCCCUCUGGCUGUCUGGAGGGGAAGGGCGAGGCGACACCUAGUGGCGGUGCAGGGGAGGAGUCGCCCAAGAGCAGGAAGUGUCCUGCCCAGCAGCACAAGAAGCUGACGCUGGCGCAGCUCUACAGGAUACGUACCACCUUGGUCCUAAACUCCACCCUCACUGCAUCGGAGGUGUAACCACUUUGGCAGCCAACCAAGCAGGGGUAUCUGUCUGUAAAAAGAACCCACACUGUUUGGCGUCUGCCUGGGGACUGAAUUCCUUGUGACAAAAAUGCACUCACUCUUGCUGCCCUCUUUCUCCUCCUCGCCUACCAGACAGUGUCUGCAACUGGACAGUGACUGUUCUAUUCACCGUUGCAUUGGCUUGAGUUUAUCGCAUGGAGGGGAGAGGCAGCUAGACAUCAACUGCUUGCACUUUGGAACGGAAGUAGCAUUGAGGGUCUUGGAAAGCGAGAGACUGGGCCAUACAGGGACAAACUGCUGAGGGUCGCCUCCCCAAACCCCUUCCCUCACAGGAGAGACCGGCGGGGGCAGGGGGGCCCCAGGAGGCAGGGCUUGUAGACCCAGCUCCAGUUGUCGACCAGAGAGGACCGGCGUGGACGAGACACGGCCUGGACGCCCAGGAACUCUCUCUCUACUCUGAACACGCGACAGAGGGAGAAAGAUGCAUACGACUGAAAAGAUACCGUCUUGAGAUGUAGUUCAGCUGCAGCGCCUAGGCUGCCCCCGUGCGUGCUACUCCUGGGUUUACUUCAAGAUAUUGUAUAGUAUUGCACAAAUCUUAUGUUAAACAGAAGAGAAUCACUAAUGGGGUGGAAUUUACAUUGGCAGUGCAAAGUGAAUUUCCAUUCAUGAUUUGCUUUUUGACGUUGCAUGCGUGGAAGUAUGUAUGUGCGUGUGCGUGUGCGUGUGCGUGAAUGUGUUGUUGUCUUCAUGUAUGAAUGAUGUUCGUUGAUCUUGACUGAACCAAAAUAAUGUUGUGAUUGUCCAAAGAGGGACCUGUUUAGAUGAUCGUUUAAGUUGUUCUUCCCCAACAUACAUUGUUGAGUGCUGUAUAUAAUUAGGUGUGAACAGCUAACAAUGCUCCUAGUUUAUAUUUCUCACUCUUCCUUUCGAAAAGAUUGCUGAUGACACGUGCACAGUCCUAGAGCUUCUACUCGGCUGUUCAUUUUCAGUUCACUGGUUCUAUGAAUUCAUUAAGAUAACUUCGACUUCCAGUCUCUCUUUGUUUAGAGGGAGCCUGAUGGACUCUUGGUUCUGAGAUAGAUGUGUAGAGCAUGUGGUGAUGUCAAGCUGUUUUGGGGGAACACUACUGCACUAAAGGAUUGAUUGGUGUGAAACUGCUCUCAUUCUAGCCACCGUAAGAGAACACAACCAGUAGACACACACCAGGAAGAACUUGCUUCUUGUUUGAAAGAGAAGUCCUCUGAACUUCUUCUCAUACAUUUCAGUUUGAUGAUUCUUCGCUCUGCCAUGACAGCAUAGUGAUAACUGAAGAUUCUGUGCAACAGUUUGGAAGAAUAAUACCUGUAAUAUAAAUACGCCAAGCUGAAUUUUCUUAAUUGGCUUUUUUUCUUUCACUAAUAUAAAAAACAAACUAAAACAAUCCCACUUACAGACACAGAGAACAUUUUGAAGUCCUUUAAUUCUCCUUCCCAAAUGUUGCUCAAACCAAAUAGCUUAACUUUGUUUACUUUUAGUUUCGUUUAUGUGUAAUAUUUAUUAAGUAUUUUAUGUUUAUAUAUAAGAUAUUGUUUAUAUGGUUUGCUUACAUAAUUUUUUUUGUUGGUGUAGUCUUAAUAUUUGGAUUUUUGUGUCGAGCAUAAAUUUGCUAUGAACCAAAAUAAUGUGUUCUCCCUUUCAGGAACGUCUCUUUAAGUGUCUUACAAAAUAAAAAUGCAUCGUGAAAUAUUUUUUAACAGUUUUCUAUGUUUUUAAUUAACAGUAUGGGAGUGGUUUUAGGAGAUAAACAGAACCGAUUCAGU